AUGUUUUUAUUCCAGUAUUUAUGUGGGAAUUGCAAAAGACAUUACUGCAAUGACUGCUUUGCCAAAGAAACAAAAUUGGUUCCUGGAGAGAACAUCAGAAAUUGCUUGAAAUGCAGAGCUCUGCAGUAUCCUAUUGCCUACAGGGAUCACUUGAAGAGGCUGAAAGUAAAAGAUCUUCAAGAAUAUUUGAGAGCAAGACAGAUCUCCAUGAACCAAUGUAAAGAGAAAAGGGAUCUUGUAGAGUUAAUUUUGCGGCAUGCUGAAGAAGGGUCAAACAUUCCUCCGUCUAUGCCACCCUCUCAGCAAGGACGACACCACAGUCAAACAAACACUCAAUCACAGAGGACAGCUGGGCAACAAGGGAGCUCAACCGCUCGACCACAGCCAAAUGUUCAGCCUGUGCAGGUAGUCAUAAAAUUUUUGUUGUUAAUCUAAGGCUUUGUACCACCUUUGACUAAAGUUUUUCUCAGGUGUGCAGCGUUAGUUGCAGCUGAAAUAGGAGACAACACCAGGGUGCAAAGAAAGUGAGAUUUACGGCUUGCCAUUCAGGCAAGAGUCUUUUAAGUACCGCCAAAAUUUUUUUGAUGAGCAGCAUUGGUUAUAGUUCUUCUGUAAUUUGAAUUUCCCAAAAAAACUUCACUUGCCCUUUGGGCAAGGUAAGAACAGGAUUCACUAGCCCGAUUGCAAAAUCCACUAGCCCUGGCACUAGCACUUUCUUUGCACGCUGCAACACACAAGUCCAAUUUAUACAUUAAGUACAGUGAAAGCUCUCAUAAGCGGACACCCUCGGGAUGCGAAAAAGGUGUCCGUACAGGGCUCGAAAUUAAAAAAAUCUUCAGGUCGCCUUUUGGCGACCAACCGGAGAAUUAUAGUCGCCAGAUGCAAAUUUUUAGUCGCCAGUUUGUAAAAUGUAAAUGACGCAGCUCAUAGGUACAGAGCUUCUGAUACUUCGAGCAGGAGCAGAGCCGCGAAAUUCACAAAAACAUGCGAAAUACCGCGAAAUUCAGUAGAAAUCGUAUCAAAUACAACAUAUUUGAAACUUAUCUCAGCUAUUGGGGCUAUUUACUUGCCGUAACCUUGCAAAUUUAUCUUGAUACUUCGUCACUGAAACGUGCAAAUAACGUCCCGAAACUACCAGGCGUAGAUUGUGUUGCGAAAAACUGGGCACUAGCCAUGAUGUUAAAGGCUUUGCCAUUGGUUCAUUUCUGGAGCGUUUUGUUGUUGAAAGAGCAAAUGAUGACGUCUGUUAGAAAAACGUUAAAAACGCUGGUCUGAUCGGCGCAAAACCGAUGGAUAUCUGACAAAAUUUUCCCUAAAAAAUAACCACAAAAUCGGCCUUUUUUACCGAUUGAUUUUCGGCGAAGUUUGCCCCAAACAUUCCCGCGAAAGUGCUGCAAAAUCGGCCGAUUUUUCCGUGAAUUUGCCCCUAAAAAUCCUGCGAAAUUUGACUUUUUUCGGCUACCUAUCAGAAGCCCAGCAUAGUAUGGCGCAAUCCAUCAGAUUUGAAAAUAUCAUGAAGUCGGUAUAAAUUUGGAGGUAAACUGGCUUUGUUUAUGCAAUUUGGCACAUUUUUCAUGAUGAAAGCAAAGCAAGAUAAGAUGAAAUGUUUGUUUUAAUUUUACUCUUCUAAAAUCUGGUCGCCACUUUGGCGACUAAACCAGAAUUUUUAGUCGCCAAGGAGAAAAUGUUAGUCGCAUUGGCGACCGUAUCAGUCGCAAUUUCGAGCCCUGCCGUAACUGCAGCUGGCCGCUUACAGGAAUGUAAAAAUACGUAGUUUGUAUGGGAGUGGAGAAAAACAGCAUUUUGUGAAGGUGGCCAUAAGUAGAGCUUUCUGCUUACGAGAGUGUCUGUUAGGUGAGCUUCCACUGUAUAGACUUUCGCAAAAAGUAUAGCUCUAACUAUCAUUAUUGAUCCAUUUGUGCUCUCACCAUUAUCCAUGUAACCCUGUGUAAUGUGAAGUCUUGUAAAGUGAUAGGCCAUGCCACUUAGAGUCUACUUUGUCUUCUUGUUUUCAGGUGCGUCCAUCAGCUCCCCCAUCCUCUGUAUGCAAGAGUCUAAGUCAGAUUCAAAACAUUGACGAAGUAGAAGAUCUCUCAGUGAAAGAGCUGAAGUGUAUUCUUUCUGCUAACUUUGUGGACUUCAAGGGAUGCUGUGAAAAGAAAGAACUCUUAGAUCGGGUCAGGACUCUUUGGAAAUCCAAACAGGAGGUGAACAAAAAGAAAAGUAAGUCCUGGGUUUUGGCAUUAUUAACAGGGAUUUUGUCACAAAUAGUUAUGGUGAGUCCCAGGACUCAUUUUGUAGAAAAAUCAUGCGUCCCUGUCCAUAACCAAUGAGUCCCAGUACAAUGCUUGGGCUUUUAUGUAACCAGACAAUUAAUCUGGAGACAGACGCCAAAAGUCUUUAUUACAGUUUAUAGUCCUUCCCUUCUAGAUAUAUCUAAAGCACAAAAAAGACUAAAACAAAUAUGCAUCUUUAUCAACAGCCAUAGAAAUCACACAAACAGGAUAUUCUACCAAAAAAUCUUAGAAUCAACUGAACAUUCUUUGCAUCCUACGGAAUGCAUACCAUGAAUUAUUUUACGUCUUUGGGAAUUUUUAUGCGUCAGGGAGGCCGACAAAAUUACUGUAUUAAUUUUAAAAGUAUCAUGAUAAAUUGUAUUGAUCAAAUAGACUAACGGACAUGCUCCCUACCCCCACCAGGCUAGCAUUUCCAGCUUGUUCAAUAAAGGUUGCUUUGGGCAUUGGGAAUUGGGCAAUAGGAAGCUAUUCUUUGGUGAUCACUCAGGCAAAUUAUUGCUUUGUUUGGUAUGCCCAAAUGCCCAAUACCCAGCUGGCAAUUCCCAGUGCCCAGAGCAACCUUUAUUGAAUUAGCUAUAUAUCCAGGGUGGUAGGAAUUUGAAAUCAGUCGUUGAAAUUGGGUUGCGAAAUUUGAUACCCUUCUGGUUGGUUGGUGAUUAUCAUGGUGGGUCAAGGCUGAUGAGAGAUUUUAUUGAACUUCCAUUCCUUGAGAAGAAGGUUCAGCAACAAUUAUUGUGGGAAUGCAAUGGAAGUGGACAACAUUUUCAAUUACAGUACAGGCCACGGGCAUUAUAGCACUCAUACUUGCGUAAAUUGCGUGCAGCAUGGCAGAUUUCCAGGCAAAAAACUCACGUGUAAAUUUCUACACGAACUCUUCAACACAAAUUUCCGUGUAUUUUUAAGGUGACUGAUUUUGCUUGUAAAAAUCCACGCAACUUGUGAGUAUUUCUUCACAACAGCAAAUAUGGCUGAUGUAAAAUUAGAAACCGACUUUGUGGAAAAACGUCUUUUCGCGGUGAAAAAGAAAACAACUUACUAUACGCUUUCUCUUACUAGGAACGUCAUGUUUUGUAAAUCAACAAUCCAUGUUAUGUAUUAAAAUUCCUUGGCUGUUGGCUGAAGUGGGGUUUCAAAUUACAAUGCGCUAUUUUACAUGUAAACUUGGACGUAUGUUACUUGCCACACUGACUGUUGUUUUGAAAUAAGUUUAAUGUUUCGGACUUCAGUACACUGUAUUUUUUAGACUAGUUACGCGCUUAAAACAUGGUUUGGAUUUAUCGAGGGCAAAAUUAUAGAGUAGUGAUCUGAAGGGAAACGAAAAUUACUUCGAGUUGGCGAGGGUAAAAUUACAAUAACUGUUUGAAGGAAUUUCAGGGGAAGUCAACUUGAGUAAGCUCAACAUUCAAGUUAGGAGUCAUCUAAUUAUUUAGCGAGGGUUCAAGAAAUCUGGAUGACUAGAAAGUUUUAUUUCACACGGAAAAUUUUGCUACGCAGGUUACUGGGGAAAGUAAGCCGUAACAUUUUCUCCAAAUUCAACCCAAUUAAGGUGGCUCGUACCAGUUUUCCUCUUUUUUGACAUUUUAACUUUAAAAGUACAAAAUAAAAAAGCAAGCCAAAGCCAUAACAGCACUUUCGUAGAGUUGGAUUAUACAAAUUUGCUUGACUUAAAACAACCAUUAUUUUGUCAUUAGCAGUUACCAAGGCAACAUAUCUUAAGGAUUACUUGGAACUACUUUUUAGCUUCCAGCACUGAUAACUAGAAAACUAAGCCGGUGACCCCUACUUUUUUUGGACGACAACUUUUGGCAUUACAAAAGGAAACUACACAGUGAUUUUAAAAAAAUUAUGCAAGCACGUUUUUUUACGAAAGUGGAAAAUACGACAUUUUUAUUCAGUAGAAAUUUCCUCCUUAAAAUUUUUCCAUUUUUUCUCUGGCAUUUUCUUUCAACUUUAUCAGAUUAUUAAAACAUUAAAAAUAGAGGUCACCAGACUUGUUUUCUUGUAAAACACUUCGAGAUUUCACAAUUUCCCCCACAUGUUUUUGUGCUUGAGGAAAUGUAGCCAUUUUGUCUCUCUAUUUUUCCCAUGAGUACUCGGAUAUUUUCUUCCAAGCCAGCUGUUUCACAGACUGAAAAAAAAAAUGUUUCUCAGCACAUCCUUUGUUUACCCAAAUUAAUAUAACUUUGUUGCUAACACUCUACAAAAAAACUGUUUGCAGGCUCAAUGGCUCCUGAUGAAGAAGAGGAUUCUGAAGAACAGUGUAAAAUAUGUAUGGAUGCCACUAUAGACUGUGUAUUACUUGAAUGUGGGCACAUGGUCACUUGUACAAAAUGUGGCAAGCAGAUCACAGAUUGUCCAAUAUGCCGCCAACAUAUAUCUAGGAUAGUACAUGUUUUUAAAGCUUAACACUUAAUAACAAUUAUUUAAAACGAAUAAUAAUAAUACUGUAUGCAUCUGGUAUAUUUGUUUUGAGGAGUUGGCAGUGCUUUUUAAAAAAUUUUUCAACUUGAAGUCUGUUUUUUAAUUAUCAUCCUAAGAGUUAUGAGGCAAAGCUCCCAAGAGAGUUUGAAGUGUUCUGUAAUAGUUUAUAUCCAUAGCAUUCAGUUACUAGUUUUUGGCUUUCCGUUUAAAGCCCCUUCUUAAGAUAAUAAAUUUUUGGGUUGUGAACUUUGCAAUAUUUUGGUGUUCAGUGUCCCAAACCCUUUUGUUAAAAUUCCAAUUUAAAAAAAAUGGCUCGAGAAGAAGAGAGGGAGAUUGUGCUUGUAGCUAUGGUUACCUCUGUACAAUUCUCUCUUUUUGUGUGCCUGACGCGUCAGCCUAAGUGAUAUUUUGAAACUGCUUUCAUUGUAUUCUUGUUUUUGUUAAGUUUUUGGUAGUGAUCAUCUACAGGGAAACCAUAGCUGCAAAUAAUUUUACAUUUUUUAAAAGAAAGGAAUGCAAUUUGAAUUUUAUUUCCAAAGAAAUUCCUUGGACAAUAAUAUUUUAAGAGAAAUCUAGGGUUUCUCAGUUAUAUGUAACAAACCAAAUUAAAAUGCUUCACAUAAGAAUUUUAAAAUUCUGAAAUAGCUUUUUUGUCUCAAAAUACCUUUAUUUUGUUAUUUAUUAGCAUUGUACCAUACUGUAACAUUAUUUUAAAGUAUUCCAUCAUCAAUGAAUUGUAGGUAUUUACUGUUUGUAGGAAUAGUGAGCCCCAAAAAAGGUCAUUUGAAGUAUAAUACAAGGAAAAUGUAAGAAAACUGAUUGUAUAGAGUUAUAUGUCUGGACACUUCAUUUGCAUGUUUUUUGUUGUUUAAGUUUUUAAUCCGCAUAUGGAAUAUUGAAGAUCGUUCAAUAAAAAAACUUUUUGGUACCCUCCAACGAAUGUAUUUUACUUCCCCG